AUGUCAAAUCCAAUUGUAGCUGGUGCUAACGGAAGUGGAUGUUCAAAUACAGUCUCAAGUACCUCAAUAGUAGCAUACCUUGGUAGUACAUCAAGCCAACAAUCGAUAUCUCAUUUAAAUAAAAGGAAAUCAUAUGGAUGUGGGAGUUCUUUACAUAAGCCCAAAAAAAGGAAGGUUGUCAACCUACAUAAAUCAGCAAUUAUACUUGAUGACGACGCUGCUGAUAACCAUAAAGAAAGUGAUUCAGAAGGUUACUACGACCAUGGAGAUUGUGUACAUAAAUGUCGUUCUUGUGGUGCUUACAUGUGGCAGCAAGAAACUAAAAUUGGUGGUGCAAAAAAAUCUCGACAUGGUUAUGCAUUAUGUUGUUCACAUGGGAAGGUUGUUCUUAAUGUGUUUCCAAAGCCUCCACCACAGCUAUUGGUUGAUCUCCUAUCUCAUGAGCAUCCGAUGAGCAAGCAUUAUAUUGAGAACAUCUGUGCAUACAAUAUGAUGUUUUCAUUUACAUCUAUGGGUGGGAAAGUUGAUCAUACAGUCAAUGAUGGUAGUGGUCCAUACACAUAUAAGUUACAUGGCCAAAAUUUUCAUACAGCCGGUUCAUUGGUACCUCAAUCGGGAGAGCCUCCAAAAUUCUGCCAACUGUACAUAUAUGAUACGUUAAAUGAGUCAGCUAAUCGAAUGAAUGCCAUGAGAUCCGACGGUAAUGAGUCCAGCAGACGCAACAAAGAACUUAAUUUGGAUCUAAUUGAAGAUAUAAAGACCCUUUUGGAUACAGUUGACAAUCCAUUAGUAAAAAUGUUUAUAAUGGCAAGAGAUCGGUAUUCUCAAAAUGAUCAAGAAAGAUUUAUCAUUCAACUUAUAGGUAAAAGAGACAAUGAUGCCCGUAAUUAUACUCUUCCAACUAUAGAUGAAGUGGCCGCUCUCAUCGUUGGCGAUUUUAGUUCAACUGAUAAAAGAGAUAUUUUGCUAGAGAGUCACAAUGGACAGCUCAAAAGAAUAAGUGAACUCCAUCCUUCAUACCUUCCUUUUCAGUAUACAUUGAUAUAUGUGUAUGGUGAAGAUGGAUAUCAUACUGAUAUUCCUCAUAGUGAAAGUUCCCAGACAAAGACAAAGAAGAUGAAAACAGUUACUAUGAGGGAAUAUUUUGAGUACACCAUUCAAGAAAGAAUGAACGGUUAUUCACUUUUACUUUACUCACGAAAGCUGUUCCAACAAUACAUGGUUGAUGCAUAUACGAUGAUUGAAAUAGAGAGGCUUUCAUACGUAUGCCAUAACCAAAGCAAUUUACGGACAACAAGCUAUAAGAAAGUUGAAGAAGCCGUUCAAUCUGGCAUUACAGACGGUUCAACCAUUGAGAAACAACAUCAUUUGAAGAAAUGCGGUCUUAAUGCUGAAGACAAGCCACAAAUUCUAUCCAGAAUGUUCAAGAUGAAGCUUGAUGCGUUGAUUAAAGAUACAAAGGAUAAUCAAAUUUUUGGGCGUGUUGUCGCAGUUGUCUAUACAAUUGAGUUCCAAAAGCAUGGUCUUCCUCACAGCCAUAUAUGUAUAUUUCUAAAUGAGAAGGAUAAGCUACCUAUGUCGAGUCACAUAGACCGUGUCAUAUGUGCUGAAAUACCUGACAUCAAGACUGAUCGUAGAUUGUAUAACUUAGUAUCGGAGUACAUGAUUCAUGGUCCGUGUGGUGUUAUGAAACCAUCAAGUCCAUGCACCAUGAAGAACAAAUGCACCAAAAUUUUUCCAAGGAAGUUCUGUGAUGUAACUUAUGUAGAUGAUGAUGGGUACCCUGUUUAUAGACGUCGAGAUAAUGGGGUUGUAGUUAGUAAGGGGGGAAACGAGUUACAUAAUGGAUUCGUCGUUGGGUACAAUCCAUAUUUGUUAAAGAAAUACAAGGCUCAUCUGAAUGUUGAAUGGUGUAAUCAGGGUUGGAUGGAGUGCAACAAACUAUAUAGAAAAUCUCGAAGUUUGACAUAUGUGGAGUUUCCUGAAAGCUUUGUUUGGAAGGCUGGGAAGAAUAAGUGGCUUCCUUGCAGUCCUUCAAAACCAUGUACCAUUGGUAGACUUUUUCACGCUUAUCCUUCCACUGGUGAUUUAUAUUAUCUCAGAAUUCUAUUGAACACUGUCAAGGGUCCUACAUGUUUUGAAGAUAUAAAAACUGUGAAUGGUAAGACAUUCCACACUUUUAAAGAAGCAUGUUCCGAGCUUGGUUUGCUGGAUGACGACCAAGAAUACAUUAAAGGAAUUGAAGAAGUAAUCCAUUGGGGCUCCGGAAGUUAUUUAAGAUCCAUGUUUGUUACGCUUAUUGUAUCUGAUAGCUUAAGCAAGCCUGAAGAAGUAUGGGAGACAACAUGGUUGCUAUUAUCUGAUGGAAUUCUACACAAACAAAAAAUCUUAUGCAGUAAUCCAGGUCUUAUUUUAUCUGAUGAACAACUCAAGAACAAGACGUUAGUUGAGAUAGAGACAAUUAUGCAGCGUAAUGGUUCAACUUUGAAAAGAGUUUGUAAUAUGCCGUAUCCAGAUGACAGUCAUUUUUCCGGAGCCUACAAUAAACUAAUUGAAUCAGCACUGUCAUAUUCUGUUUCAGCUCUUCGGGAAGAACAUGAUUCCUUAUACAGUAAUCUAACUCAAGAACAAAAAACUGUAUAUAUGAGAAAGUAUUGA